AUGGACGCAACUGAUUUAAAUUUUGAAAAAAUGUUCAAAAUUGCAAUCGUCUCCAUGAAAUUAAAUCGAUCACAUCCGUCUAUUGCUCGCGACCGACGCUGGAAGUUCCAAUUCUCAAUUAUAAUGAUGAUAACAUUCUUCUGUUUUAUCUUCCUUUCGUAUUCAAUAUUCUGCCACGACAUCAAAUCGGGAAAAUUUGCCGAAGCAAGUAAAAAUGCAACGAUGGUCAUCGUGUCUCUGACGAUUACUUUAAAGUAUAUCGUACUCCUGUAUCAUCAAGAAUCUAUAAAAGAACUAAUAAGCAUCGUGGAGAGAGACUACGCAGCUGCUCAGGAAUUUUGUAAUGAGGACAAGGAGAUAGUGGUCCAGUAUGCUAAGAGAGGUGUAACUGUAUGCAAAUUUUGGCUCGUGUUCGGUUUCGGUACUAGCGCUAUCUUUCCGAUAAAAGCUUUUGUACUAAUGGGGUAUUAUUACUGGAAAGGGGAGUUUGUUCUUGUUCCUCUUUUUGACCUGACCUACCCAGAACCAAUAGAGGAAUAUAAGAACGUUACAAUAUGUUUUUGGCUAUUAUUUAUAUUAACUUUUUCUUUUGAUGCGUACGCUUCGUCAAUGUAUGUUGGGUUUGAUCCAAUGGUGCCUAUAUUCAUGUUGCAUACAUGUGGCCAGCUGGAUCUGCUCAGUCGACAUAUCAGUACACUGUUUGUUGAUGCAAAUAUUGAAGAAAUAGAAGAUGGAUUAAAGAAGAUAAUUUCAAAACAACAGGAUCUUUGCAAGUUAGUAGACCGCGUGAAGAAAAACUUUUCCAUUUUAUAUGAAUAUAACAUGAAAGCGACUACGUUUUUAUUACCACUAACAACGUUUCAGAUAGUCGAAGAUUUACGAGAUAAACAGAUAAACGUCGAGUUUAUUUCAUUCUUUGUUGGCUGCAUAUUACAUUUCUUCAUGCCCUGUUACUACAGCGAUCUGUUAAUGGAAACGAGUGAAAAAAAUCGUCAAGCAAUAUACUCAUGCGGUUGGGAGAAAUGCCCCGAUAGACGUAUUCGACAGAUUAUACUGUUCAUGAUAACAAGGGCCAGGAUCCCUUUGGGCAUCACCACUGUGUUUUACGAGAUUAAUCUUAACACCUUCGCUGAGAUGUGCCGUCAAUCCUAUGGGAUCCUGAACUUGAUGAAUGCAGCUUGGGGAUAA